AUGGGCUUGGAAAAGCUGGGUGGGGCACCCUCCUGCCGGACACUGGCGAUGUUCAUCAAUGGUAAGGGCGAAGGCCUUCAGUGGCACAAUGCCAAUCACUUCAACAUCGUGAUGGAAUACCACGGCACGAAAGUGUGGCAGCUGCUGGAUCCCAAGUACACGCUGUUCGUGGCUCCGGAGUAUUCCUGGGAUCCCUAUGCCACCGGCUUCGUGGCCAAGAGUCCCAGGUCGACCUUCGAGAAAUUGCCCACCUUCCAAGUGACCUUGAAUCCAGGCGAUGUCCUGUUGAACCCCGUUUGGUCGUGGCACCGGGUCCGGAACGACGCGGAUCGCGCGACUGGUUUGGUGGCCAUGGGCUCCUGCCGCUUCUCGGAGUCGGUGAAGGCGCUCGGUGUCCCCGCGCUGGAGUUCCACCGGUCCUUUGGCCAGGUGAUGUGGGUCAAUCCCAAGCUUCCAUCGUGGGUGCGCUGGGUGCCAUUCUUCCGCGUGGUGCAAGAUGGCCUGAGCUUAGCCUUUGAUUGGCAUCCGAGCUUUGGCACAGCGGGUUAUGAAAAGGAUUGCUUCAGCUCCAAACGAAAGGCUUGCGAUGAGCACUAUGCUGCUUAUGGCUGGCGUAUCGAGUCUUCUUCCUACAAAAGGUGA